AUGCCUGAACAUCCCCUUGUCACUCCAAGAAACAUUUGCCAGCCACUCACAUGCGCCACAGCCACUCACAUGCGCCACAGCCACUCACAUGCGCCACAGCCACUCACAUGCGCCACAGCCACUCACAUGCGCCACAGCCACUCACAUGCACCACAGCCACUCACAUGCGCCACAGCCACUCACAUGCGCCACAGCCACUCACAUGCGCCACAGCCACUCACAUGCGCCACAGCCACUCACAUGCGCCACAGCCACUCACAUGCGCCACAGCCACUCACAUGCGCCACAGCCACUCACAUGCACCACAGCCACUCACAUGCGCCACAGCCACUCACAUGCGCCACAGCCACUCACAUGCGCCACAGCCACUCACAUGCGCCACAGCCACUCACAUGCGCCACAGCCACUCACAUGCGCCACAGCCACUCACAUGCGCCACAGCCACUCACAUGCGCCACAGCCACUCACAUGCGCCACAGCCACUCACAUGCGCCACAGCCACUCACAUGCGCCACAGCCACUCACAUGCGCCACAGCCUCUCACAUGCGCCACAGCCACUCACAUGCGCCACAGCCACUCACAUGCGCCACAGCCACUCACAUGCGCCACAGCCACUCACAUGCGCCACAGCCUCUCACAUGCGCCACAGCCACUCACAUGCGCCACAGCCACUCACAUGCGCCACAGCCACUCACAUGCGCCACAGCCACUCACAUGCGCCACAGCCACUCACAUGCGCCAUAACCACUCACAUGCGCCACAGCCACUCACAUGCGCCACAGCCACUCACAUGCGCCACAGCCAGGGCAGCGAGCAGAUGGCGGAUGGCAGAGGGCCCUCGAUGCUGUUCAGAUGGCGGAUGGCAGAGGGCCCUCGAUGCUGUUGUUGUCCAGCCAGCUGCGGGGGGCAGGCAGGGGCAGAAGCAGGGGCAGAAGCAGGGGCAGAAGCACAGGCAGAAGCAGGGGCAGAAGCACGGGCAGAAGCAGGGGCAGAAGCACGGGCAGAAGCACGGGCAGAAGCACGGGCAGAAGCACGGGCAGAAGCAGGGGCAGAAGCAGGGGCAGAAGCAGAGGCACGAGAGCAUCAGACUGUAG